AUUAAAAAUGUGAGUACAUGCAUGUUUUGCAUCUGUUUUUGACACACUGCAGCCUGUGUAAGAACUGUUUUAUUUUCUGCUACAACACACAGUAAACGUGCUUUUACUGCUGGUGCAGAUGUUCCUGCAGAAUCACAAAUACAGCACUUGCACUAAAGGGAUUCUCUGUCUGGAUUUGUUUGCUGCCCUGUAUUUGUCAUGGGUGUUGUGGGUUCACCAUGCUUCAGGGAUCUGGGUGUAUCCUAUCAUGGCUCAUUUGAGUCCCGUGGGAUUGUGUAUUUUUCUUGGCAUCCCUUACCAUGGCUUCUCUCUACCUGUUAGGAGAGAAGCUCAGCCACAUUAUGUAGAGCACGACAGCUUUGCUGAGGGUUUGAUGGUGGACUUCACUGGAGACAUCAGUAAGCCCUGAUAAUCCCCCACCACAGUUUAACACACAUUUCAUUUACAUCCAGAGAAAUGACUCUGUAUUAAUUAUAUUCCCAUUAUAUGAAAUCUUAAAAUGUUUUCUAUAUGUGUUUCACAAUUUUUAUAGGGAAGAAUAUAAUGUUUCAUUGUCGUGGUGUUGUAUGGUGCUGUUUUUCUUCCAAAUUUACUAUGCUUGUAUAUUUUACUUGAAACCAAUUGCAUCAAUCAAAACAUGCAUGUGGAGUCAUGAGUUUGGUUGAACUGAAUGGACAGAUCAUUUGUUGUUUACAAGGUAACCACAAGUGCAGUAAUGUAAGACCAAUGGCAAAAAAAUGUAUUGAUUCCAUAAUUCCUGAAAUCGUAGAGUAAUCAAUUUGUACUACAUCAAUACAAGAUGCACUGAAACAUAUUAAGGAUGUUACCCAACAGUGAAAAGGGUUAUCUCUUGAGAAACAGAUCAGGAUUACUAUUUGUUAGCACAAUGUAAUGAUUAUAAAUGUGUUAUCUAUUAUCUUUGUGGAUUAUUAAUA